ACACCCGUUUUACUCUCUCGAGUCGUUCAAUCCAACAUGAAUUCUACCUGUUUCACUCUAUAACUAAUACUCCGCUCUCCCGGCUUCUCCAUUCCUUUUUUCUCUCGUGCUCUUCUUCAUUCUCUUUCAGGACUAACUGAUCGGAGGGGAUAGUAAGGGUGUUGUGAAAAUGCCGUCGGCGAAUGGGGAGAUGAGGGUGUUGAGUGCGUUGGAUCAGGCGAAGACGCAGUGGUAUCACUUCACAGCGAUUAUCAUCGCCGGAAUGGGGUUUUUUACCGACGCAUAUGAUUUGUUUUGUAUAUCGCUGGUGACGAAGCUGCUGGGGAGGGUUUAUUAUCAUGUUGAUGGGGCGAGGAAGCCGGGGAGUUUGCCGCCGAAUGUGGCGUCGGCGGUGAAUGGCGUGGCGUUCUGCGGGACAUUGGCGGGGCAACUCUUCUUUGGCUGGUUGGGGGAUAAGUUGGGGAGGAAGAAGGUGUAUGGACUCACUCUCAUGCUCAUGUGCGGCUGCUCAAUCGCUUCCGGGUUGUCGUUUGGCCACACGCCGACGUCGGUGAUGACGACGCUCUGCUUUUUCCGGUUCUGGUUGGGGUUUGGCAUCGGCGGUGACUACCCGCUCUCCGCCACCAUCAUGUCGGAGUAUGCCAACAAGAAGACUCGCGGCGCAUUUAUCGCCGCGGUUUUCGCCAUGCAGGGGUUCGGGAUUUUGGCGGGCGGGAUUUUCGCGAUUGCGGUUUCGUUCGCUUUUGAAUCUAGGUUUAAAGCGCCACCGUACGAGGUUGAUCCGGUGGGGUCCACCAUCCCGCAGGCGGAUUUCGUGUGGAGGAUAAUUCUAAUGGCCGGCGCGCUCCCGGCGCUGCUGACGUGGUACUGGCGGAUCAAGAUGCCAGAAACCGCCCGCUACACGGCGCUGGUGGCUAAUAAUGUUAAGCAAGCGACGGCGGAUAUGUCUAAGGUUAUGCAGGUUGAUCUUGAAGCGGAUCUUCCCAAGGAAAGAGAGGCGGAGGCCUCGUCGAGGGCGGGGGCGUUCGGUGGUUUAUUCUCAAAGAAAUUUCUCAGCCGCCAUGGGCUUCACUUACUGGGAACUACGACCACUUGGUUCUUGCUCGACAUUGCUUAUUACAGCCAGAAUUUAUUCCAGAAAGACAUCUUCUCCGCCGUGGGAUGGAUUCCACCGGCCAAGACUAUGAACGCCAUUCAAGAGGUUUUCAAGAUCGCAAAAGCUCAAACUCUCAUUGCCCUAAUGAGCACGGUCCCCGGCUACUGGUUCACCGUCUUCCUCAUCGAUAGAAUCGGAAGGUUCAAGAUUCAACUCCUCGGUUUCUCCAUGAUGACAGCUUUCAUGUUCGCUCUCGCCAUACCAUAUAGCCACUGGACUCAUCCCGGAAACCAUAUAGGCUUCGUGGUCUUAUACUCCUUCACCUUCUUCUUCGCCAACUUUGGCCCCAACGCCACCACAUUUGUGGUCCCGGCCGAGAUCUUCCCCGCCAGGCUCCGCUCCACCUGCCAUGGAAUCUCUGCAGCUUCUGGGAAGCUGGGAGCCAUGGUCGGGGCGUUCGGGUUCUUGUACUUGGCUCAACCGCAGGACAAAUCUAAGGCAGAUGCAGGGUACCCUGCAGGAAUAGGGGUGAGGAAUUCUCUGAUCGUUCUGGGAGUGGUUAAUUUUCUGGGCACAUUGUUCACAUUCUUGGUUCCUGAAUCCAAAGGGAAAUCUCUUGAAGAAAUAUCAAAAGAAGACGAAGGGUCUCAAUCAUAGCUCUUUUUGUGUUAUAUUAUUUAGCUUACAGUGUUUCUUUGGCUUCUUUGUUUCCAGAUUUUCUGUCUUUAGUUGUCGCUUGUCAGAUUGCUACUUUCUCUGUGUGUGUUUCAGCUAUUAGUCAGUACUGAGUGUGCUAGUUGACAAUAAAGAUCAGAAAUUUAGUGUAUA